AUGGCAACACACAAUCAACAACAAAACCAAAACAACCAACAACAACUUCCAAAAGAUCUAGUUGAUCUAGAUGAGAAGAUAGGAGCUAUUCCAAGAGGAAAAAAGACAGCUAAGUCUCAAGUGGACUUAAUAUGGGCAGUAAAAAGGCAACUAAAUCUCUACAGUUGUCAUAAUAGACCAAUUACGAGAAAAGUAAUGGAAUUUUGCAACAUUGAAAAAGAUGGAAGUGAUCAAAAAAAUGAAAAGUUCGUUCGUAACAUAUUGGCAAGGCCCGAAACGGAUUAUCCAUCCAUCAACAAACAAAUGCAAAAACAAAUAGACCAAUGGAUAGCCGAUGAAGAAGACGAUGAAGAAGACGAUGAAGAUGUUUUAAUUGUCAAAUAUGGUAUCACAAUAAAACGAAACGACAUUAGAACACUCAGAUGGGAAACACAUAUACCACCUUUAUCAAAGUGGUUGACUGAUCAUGUCGUAAAUUUUUAUAUGUCUCUUAUUGCUGAUCGCAGUAAAUCCUACAGUAGCCUGCCACAAAUUCAUAGUAUGGAUUCAAGCUUCACUCAAUAUUUAUUGGGUGGAAAAAGUGUGACAAAUGAAACUUACCAAAAUGUACGAAUUUAUACGCAGGAUAUCGAUAUAUUCUCAAAAGAUUUAAUUCUGAUUCCCUACGACAAGCGUGAUAGUCAUUGGUGUCUUUCCAUCAUCAAUAUGAUGGAUAAAACCAUAAAAUAUUAUGACUCGUAUCAUACCCCAAACCAAAGACUAUUAAAUGCAUUGGCCGA